AUGCACUCCAAGGUUCAGAAGGCCUUCAAUGGAGUCGCCGCGGCUGACCUAGCAAACAAAAUGUCGGAGGCCCAAGCUGCCGUCCUCAAGGAAACAUUGUACACCGCUGGCGCCACUAUCAGCAAGGCGUAUACGGAUGGAGAUGAGAAAAAGAUCGCUCAGGUCCUUGCUGCCUACAGCAAGGCAACUGAUGAGGUCAUUGUGGCCGCUCCUGUUGACAAGCUCAACGUCUUGGAGAAGACCUUCACCGCCGCCACCACCACUGGGAAUUGA